GGGCUCGCCUAGGUCUGUUCCCGGGAGCGUUGGCCGUCGUCAAGGUGUCGUCUUCGCCAGCGACGUUGCUUGCGACUCUUCGGAUGGCACAGACUCCAGCCCCGCGACUCACCACCAGAGAAGUGCAAACGGUGCCUCCUCGAUACGGCCCAGGACGCGCACAAUGGACGCCUCCAUGCUAGGGCCGCGAGGGCCCUCGUCCGCCGCCGAGUUUCGACACAGGGUCAGCAGCAUCUCGUCCGGCUCGCAGCCCUCCCUCGACGACCACAAAACGCUGAAGCCAAGUUCCGACCCGGCCAGCUACUCGACCAUACCGACCGUCCGGGUCCCCGACGUCUCGACCCCGACCUCCAAGGAGAAGAACAAGUCCCAUCACAACAGGCGCCUCCUCAAACGACAGCCCUCCCGCCCGACAUCACCGUUGGUCGAGCCCCAGCCCUCCGUCGAUUCUUUCCCGUACCCCAUCCCAACCGAAGAUGCGAACCGCCUCAUAUCGCUAAUGAAGGCUCUGGGCGGGCGAAUGCGUGGCGAGCUGGAAUACCAGGGUGAGUACCAGGGAACAUGGCACACCGGCAUGGCAUACAUCGACGAGGAGAAGGGCACCCUCAUGUUUGGCCUGGGCCAUACCGGCCAGAAUGCUUCCUUCCACAUCCCUCUGGUCUCUGACCUGCGAGGCUGCAAGGUUCACGUCACGGGCUACCCUGAUGCCGAGAGAGAGUGCCUCGAGGUCGUUCCCAGCCAGAUGGGCCUCGAGCUCCUCAUCAGGCCCAUCAUAUCGGAGGAGCUGGAGCUGUGGCUCGCGGCCCUCUUGUGCUGGCAGCAGCUCACGCCUCUCAACCUCAAGGUGCCCAGUGGGAAGCCUGCCAGCCCUUCGGGGCACAUUCGCCCGGAGAUGAGGCGACGGGCCAAGUCGAGCGAUGCGGCGAGAGCCACAAACAUUAUCAAAGUCGGCAAGUUCAUGCUCUGGGACAAGGGCCCGGCCAGGUCCGCACGUGCUCUCGUCCAGCGAUCCUCGACCCGGGAUCUUAUGCACCCGGCCAUGUUCUGGAGGAGGAUAUCGUGCGUCUUGCAGGAUAACGGAGAGUUUAGGCUGCUGAUGGAAAACGACGUCUCCGUCUUGUCCAGCAUCGAACUGUCGCAGCUUUCCCGGUGCGCAAUCCAAGGCCUCGACCGCAGCGUCCUGGGAGAGGAGUACUGCAUUGCCAUCUUCCCCAUCUACGCCUCUGCUGCCACCCACGUUACCAUUUUCCGGCCCAUCUACCUGGCCGUCGAUAGCCGCAUCGACUUUGAAGUCUGGUUCGCCCUGCUGCGGACAUUCGCCGUGCCCGACAUCUUCUGCCUAGACGACCCGCAGACCGAUGAGAUUCAGGAUGUCGCCGAUAUCGAGAAGGAUCAGCCAGGUGAGGUGUUCCGCAUGGAGAAGAUUGUCAGAGUGAGGGUGGUGGAGGCCAAGAUCAAAGCCAACCCAAGCGGGCCCGAAUGGUUUUCUCCAGAGAGAUAUGGCAGGGCUGGCCCGGAUCCUCUGGUGGGUUGUUACCUAGCGGAAGUCAUUUUGGAUGGAGAGGUUCGCGCAAGAACGACUACCAAGAUGGACACCAAGAACCCCUUUUGGAGAGAGGACUGCGAGUUUAACGAUCUGCCUCCGAUAAUUCAAGAGCUCUCCGUUGUGCUGAAACGAGUCGAGAGCGGCCCUGAAGGUUACUCAAAGCCAAUGACUUCUCAGGAGAUAAUAUGCGGGAGCGUAAAGAUCGCCUUGAACGACCUUGAGAGGGGCCAGGGCCAAGAACAGUGGUGGCCGAUCUUGGACGAAAACCAGCAAAACAUCGGAUCGAUGCUCAUCAAGGUAUUUCACGAUGAGCACGUUGCCUUGCUGUCGAAAGAGUACGAGCCGCUGUCCGAGGUUCUGCACCGGUUCCCCACGGGCCUCACCACGCUCAUUUCGGCAUCUCUUCCGGGCCAGUUGCGUCUCCUCUCAGAGUUGUUUCUCAACAUUUUCCAGGCCUCUGGCUCCGCUAGCGACUGGUUGAUGGCUUUGGUCGAGGACGAGAUUGACGGCAUCGGGAACCAGACGUCAAUCAAGAAAUACCGCUUCAGUAACAGACUCAAGUCGAGCGAAUCGCUGGAGUCCUCCAACGAACGUGAAAUGAUGGUUCGGGACAUUCAUAGGACGCUAGCAGGAGAGGCCAACCUCCUGUUUAGAGGCAACUCGUUGCUGACGCAAUCGCUCGAGUUUCAUAUGCGACGAUUGGGCAAAGAAUACCUGGAGGAGAUACUGCAGGAUAAGCUCUGCGAAAUCAACGAACUGAACCCGGAUUGCGAGGUCGAUCCGAGCAAAUUGGCGCACACAGGAGCAGGCGCCGAGUUGGAUCAUCACUGGGGCCGUCUUAUCCACCUCACGACGGAGAUCUGGCUAUGCAUCGCAGACUCGGCCGAAAGAAUACCGGCAGAGCUAAGACACAUACUCAAAUACAUCCGGGCUGUGGCAGAUGACCGCUACAGCGACUUUCUCCGCACCGUCAGCUACACUUCGAUCUCGGGCUUCCUGUUCUUGCGCUUCAUCUGUCCGGCCAUCCUCUCACCGAAGCUUUUCGGACUACUCAGGGAUCAUCCGAAGCCGCAGGCACAGCGUACCUUGACGCUCAUUGCCAAGGCAUUGCAGAAGCUCUCCAACCUUUCGACGUUUGGAAAGCGAGAGGAGUACAUGGAACCGAUGAACCGCUUCCUGACCCAACAACGUCAGUCUUUCCGAGGCUUCAUCGAUCAUGUUUGCAGUAUCCCAGCCGACCGGACGGGCCGAGCCCUGCCUCCCAGCUACAUCACACCCGUCACGAUACUGAACCGUCUAGGACCUACGGCACGCGAAGGAUUUCCCAGUCUGCCAUAUUUGAUUGAUCAAGCCCGGAGCUACGCGAGCCUUGUUAAGCUGUGGGUGGAUGCACGACCUAUUGAUGCGAAACACCUGCAAGCCGACGGAGAGUUGCUGGUUUUCAACGACCUGUGUUUUGGGCUACAAAAACGCGCCGACGCUUGCCUUGCCAAGGUGAUGGAUUUCCGGAGCAGGGAAGUCCCAUCGUAUAUGUCUGCCGACCAAUUGGCCGAGAUCCUGGAACAAGUCAACUUCACCGGCCCAUACCACCCGUACUACCCAGGCAGUCCAUCUUCGAUGCCCAGCAAUUACGAGCGGCCACCCGGAAGCUCCAGCAGCGAUGGGGGCGGCGAUACGAAGCAAAAUCGGCGCAGUAAAGAAUGGAAGCGCGGGAGAGAAGACUCCGACCCAAAAAAGGUCAACAGUCCUCGAACAGCAAGUGGCUCGGCCAGCGGAAAUACGAAACAGAAGAAUGGAAAAGUGGGCAGGACUCUGUUGAGUGGCAUCAUGAAGAUUGGUGGUGUCAGAGCCGAAAGCCCUGAGAGCAAAGGGCAGCGAUGA